UCGGCCUUGUCACUAACAAAAUGGCGGAAAGGAUGCCGUGCAAAAAAAUUAAAGUUGAAAGACCAUUUUUCAGACAUGUUCAAACACAGUUGAGGAAGUAUAAAGAUGUUGUGUGUAAUGCAAUAAAAAAACUUGACACUGAUCAGUGGGCAACCUUUUGUUUUGUAAAAAUUCUCAGUUGCAAUGGCGCGUAUUCGUGUUGUUUCAGUCGGGCUUGGUGCGAAACGAUGAGGAACAUUCAAGAUCCUGACGAAAGCAAACGCUGUAUUGUGAAGUUUACGAAAGUUUUUGACGUAGAUCUCGUAUGUCAGUUUUUAGAGAAUUCAGAUGAUGUUGACAUCAGUCUAAUCACUGACAGUCAACUUGCUGCAUUCAAACGAUUGGCUCACUUCUUAGAUACUCGUGAUGAAAUCAAAGGAAUCUUGGAGGCACAGUCUCUUAGAACGACGAAAGAAAGCACUUGGGCAGCAAUACUUGGUACUCACCUGCUCAGUAAGCUGGCAGUGUCUGAACAGAUGACAGUUGAUUCUGAAUAUCCUGAAAAAACAACAGUCUGUCCUUGUGGAUGUAAAGCACCCAUAAAAGUAGGAGACAAUAGUAUGGGUCAUGAAGCGGUUUGGCAUGGCAGUGUAGACAUUCUGUUGGGGCCAGUAGCAGUAGUGUCAUCUAGUGCAGACACAUCUGAGGAAGCAUGUGAUGAAAGUAAUUCAGCUUUUGAACUGGAAAGGGGAGAGUUAGAAGAAUCUAGAAGCCAGAUUAUUGCAGAAACAAUUGUCUUUUCAUUCAUUCAAAAAUGUGGACUUGUGCCAACAAUUGGUAUUUCAAAGGAAAACUUGAAAAUAUUUAUGUAUGACCCACAGUUUGAUCUACUUUAUGAAAGCUCAGAAAUUCAGUUAUUUGAGCCACUUCAAGGAAUGGAGUUCAAUAUCACAACUGUUGUUGCCAUGUGGCUUGCAAUCAAUUACAGCCAUUUUUGCACAGGUGUUAAACAUGCUCAUGAAGAGUUUGGCUAUACAGCUGAUUUUAAAUUGCACAUGGAUAGGACUUUUAAGAUUUAUCAGGAGGGACUGAAAAUGGGCGGAUGUAAACAUGUAAAGAACCAUUUAGCUAAAUACAAAGCACCAGAAAAUACAGGAAAAUUUCCCUCACUUGGUGACUGAAAUUGUAUAAACUUCAUUGUCCUAGAUUAGCGGCCCAAAAGGUGAACUGCAGGUGCACGAUUCAGCUUUCAUUAAAACAGAUUAUUGCAAUGCACUAAUGGUGAACAAAUAAAGUAAAUAUUGCUUACUUUGUAAAAUAAUGACUACAGUUGAGUCAGAACCAUUUGAACAUUUUAGUAUUGAUUAAUCAGUCUUUGAUUAACCUUUAGCCUGCUAAAUAUCUAAAGUGGACUGGUCCAUCAUUCAAUUUGGGCAAUGCCAUUUAUUACUACUAGGGGUGUUCGCUGAAAAUUUACUGACUGAAUAGCGAACAGUGCAGACCAUGAUCAGACUGCAUGGAUGUGCAGGCUGAUCUUGGUCUGCACUGGUCGCAAAGGCAGACUAACUUGCCGCUAGAAGGCUAAAGGUUAAGUUAUUAUUACACUUGAUGAAGUACCGUGGUGUUUGAAAUUCUGUUCAUUGCUGUUUUAAGCUCUGUUGAGCAUAUGCACAGGGUAAUAGUCUAGAUUGAAACUUGUAAAAUCUUCAUUGAAACCACUUGUCAGAUUUUAAUUUUAUUAUGAAUAAAAUGCUGAUUAAUGA